AUGUUGACGUAGAAGCACAUAAAUUUCUGAUCAAAAAUAAUUUGUCUGUGAGUUAGUGAUGUUGUAAUAUAUAAAAACCAAUCAUCACUGUUGGAACCACAGAAAAACUUGAAAUUCAGGUCUAUAGUCACGUGAUUUAGAACUAAAAUAUUACCUGUCUCACCUGAGCAUUCCAAACCCCUCACAACAGCUUUUCCAUCACAUAUUGCCAACGGCGCGGGACCUUAUUCCCAUAUCGACCAAAUCAAUCAAGAUUUCCCGUUUAUUACUUCACUUCUCGAGGUGUAGUAUUAUUCGUUUGUGGACAGAAAGGUGUGACUUCAUUAAUUAAGAGAAUUUGAGAAAAACAUGGGAAGACUUUUCGGAUCGGCCGGUAUGCCCAUGAUGGCAUGCAUCGCUCUUCUUAUUGGAGCCAUAUUCCAGAUUCUGGGCUUUGCCGCGCCUUACUGGGCCUUUGAUGGUACCUAUGAUGUGGGCCUAUGGCGGGUGGCCCGCUGUAAAACUGGAUACCACCUCGACUGUUACAGAGAGGACCACGUGGAGUACUUCACUUCAGACUGGUUGAAGGUGGUCCGGGCCUUUGAGAGUCUGGGGGUGAUAUUUAUGGCACUGCCCCUGGUGAUUAUACCAGUGUACAUGUAUGUGUCCCUGGGACUGUACUACAGAUUCAUGAUGACCAGCAUGUGUGUGUCCUCCCUAAUAUCAGCCCUGAGCAUCAUCAUAGGUGUGUCUGUCUACUCGGUGAACAUCACCCUGAGUGACUGGGACGUCUCCUGGUGUCUGUUUGUCUGUAUUGUGGCCUUUGUUGCCACCCUUAUAGCCUUCCUCAUCCUUGUUGUGGCCGCUUGCAGCAAUUGUCCACCGGAACUUAAGCAGGUCAUUGUGCCAGACCCCACAACAAUCUACAUCCAUCCAACGAAACAACGAUUUGUAAUGAUAGCUGAUUAUUCCUAUCCAGCAUAACUACGUGUAGAAGUGACCAUGGUAACAGUGAUCAGACUAGUAAAUAAACUGGGUCCCUACCAUUUAUGUUCAAUAAAAUGAGGACCAGUCAAGACCCCACCAGUAAAUAGUGACAUAGGAUGAGGAUGCUGAUAUUUGAUAUUAAUUGU